AUGACUCAUACCGUGCCACAAUUAAAAGACAAGUCUUUGUUCAUUGAAAAAUGCCAGAUCAACGGUGAAUGGGUUGGGGCACAAUCGGGCAAAACAUUUGAGGUCACUGAUCCAGCCACCAAUAAAGUCAUCGGAACAUGCCCAGAAUUCAGCGCAAAAGAUACCGAGAGAGCCAUCAAGGCAGCUUCGGAUGCAUUUCCAGUCUUUCGCAAGACGUCAGUACGUGAAAGGUCUCGAUUGCUGAGGCGUUGGAAUGACCUCAUCCUGCAAAAUGCGGACGACUUGGCGACCUUAAUAACCUGGGAGAAUGGAAAACCGUUUGCCGAGGCCCAAGACGAGAUCAAGUACGCCGCAGCCUUCAUUGAAUGGUUCAGCGAGGAAGCCCCCCGGCUGUACGCCGAUACGAUUCCUGUAUCCAUCCCGGGGAACCGAGUCCUAACUGUCAAAGAGCCCGUGGGUGUCUGCGGCUUGAUCACUCCAUGGAACUUCCCUGCCGCUAUGAUCACCCGUAAGAUUGGCCCGGCAUUGGCGGCUGGCUGUACAGUCGUCGCGAAAAGCCCUGGGGAGACUCCAUUUACUGCCAAUGCUCUCGCAGAACUAGCCCUUCGAGCGGGUAUUCCUAAAGGCGCGGUAAACAUCGUCACUGCUCUGGAAAAUACCGCUGAGGUCGGCCAAAUUCUUACCACUCAUUCGGAUAUCAAGAAGGUCUCGUUUACUGGCUCGACUCGUGUGGGUAAGCUCCUUAUGGGACAAGCUUCUUCUAGCGUCAAAAGAGUUUCUUGGGAGCUUGGUGGUAAUGCUCCGUUCAUCGUCUUUGAUGACGUGGAGGAUAUCGAUGCCGCGGUAACUGGUGCUCUUGCGUCGAAGUUUCGAGGUACUGGACAGACCUGCGUCUGCGCUAAUCGAAUCUACAUUCACCGAUUCCACUAUGAAGCUUUCGCGGAGCGACUUGUCAAGCGCAUUAGGGACUUGAAGGUCGGACAUGGAUUCGCGCAAGGUGUCACCCUAGGGCCUCUCAUCCAUCCCGCAGCUGCACAAAAAGUUGCUGACCACGUUGUGGACGCCAAAUCCAAAGGUGCUCGUGUUCUUCUGGGAGGAAACCCUAUCCGAGAACUAGGACCGACAUUCUUUCAACCUACGGUCCUGGCUGAUAUGACCCAUGAUAUGCGCAUUGCCUCUGAAGAAACGUUCGGACCCGUGGCGGCCCUGUUCCCCUUCGACACUGAGGACGAGGUGAUCCAGCUAGCCAACCGCUGCGAGGUUGGCCUGGCGGCGUAUAUCUUCAGUGAUAACAUCAGAAGAGUCUUCCGUGUAGCGGAAGCUCUCGAGGUCGGUAUGGUCGGUGCCAACACCGGCUCUGUCAGUGACGUUGCUGCCCCAUUUGGUGGAGUGAAAGAGAGUGGAUUUGGCCGCGAGGGAAGCAAGUAUGGAAUUGAGGAAUUUGUGAAUAUCAAGACUAUCACCCUGGGUGGAAUCUUUUAA